AUGCCCCUUGCAUCUUCCGAUGCUAUUCCGGCCAAUCCUUCACCGCAACUCAAGGUUGCGCUGACGUGGAUGAGAGCUCUCAGCUCUGCGGAUCCAUCUUCUACCGAGCUUCUUGCCACAACUCUCACGGAAGAUUAUACUUAUGCAUUCUUGCCGCGAAGUCUUGGGUACCCGGUCAGGAACAAGGAGCAAUUUCUUGCUUAUGCACGUAAAGUUCCGUUCUCGUUGUUCCGAGAUCCUCAGCUGUACCUCCACGAAGUCAUCGAAGCACCAAUGAAGAUCAUUGUUCAGGCAACGACCACAGCAACAUUUCAUAGCGCGCCUUAUGUGAACGAGUACAUGAUGGUAUUUCAUCUUGCGAAACAAACAGACGGAGAACUAAAGAUCAGAAAGGUCGAAGAGUUCGUGGACUCGAGGGCAAUGGCUGUUUUCUUUCCUAUGGACCCGCUUCGUGAGAGAGGUUCAUACAAGAGCAAUCUGUAACAUUUGCCUGUCAGGUCUGUAGUGUCACCGGGGUAGAUUGUGACUAUUUGGUUCAUCCUGAACGACCUCGAAGGGCGAUUUUCAUUUUGAUGAUGAAUUCUCCGAGUUCACAUAGCACUGAAUAUACCUGACGAGCGCCUUUUGAGCAG